AUGGCCUGUCCAACCAAGCUCGAAGACUGCACCGUGGUCUGGUUAUGCCCCCGGGAGGUGGACCUGCGGGCAGCCAUCGCCAUGCUCGACCGAGCCUCUGACAAGAUCCCUGCCCGAGCACGAGGCCAGAAUGUAAUCUACACCGUGGGCGAAAUCAGUUGUCACAAGGUGGCCGUCGUUGGGUAUUACCAGGAACAGGGCCUUGCGGUUUCUGGAAGCAUGGCAGCGGAGGUAACGCGCGAUCUCCCGAACCUGCAAUUCGGGUUCCUGGUUGGCAUCGCUGGCGGUAUUCCAUCCCCGACUAGGAAUAUCCAGCUUGGGGAUGUGGCCGUAGCAGUCCCGGAAAAAGACCGCCCGGGUGUAGUAGGAUAUGAUCUGGGAGUAGCGGGAGAAGACGAUCGAUUUGAUCUGAAGCACUGGCAAAAUUCGACGCAUCCUCUGCUCCGGUCAAUGAUCAAUAUUGUGAGGGCCCGCAACGAGUCUCGAUUCUGGAGGCACCUGUGCAGCGACAAUUUGACCGAGUUCCGGAGACCAGACGGGAGGCUGGUCCAGCCUAAGGUCCACUACGGGACCAUUCUCUCCGGAAACAGCGACAUCCAGUCCAAGACACGCAGAGACUACCUUAGAGACCGGUAUGGGGGCAUCGCCGUGGAGAUGGAAGCGGCAGGGAUGAUGACCCGUCUGCCAGUGGCCGUAAUUCGGGGGAUCAGUGAUUUCGCAGAUGGCGUCAAAAACGAUGCCUGGCAGGCGCAUGCGGCUAUCACGGCGGCGGCAUACACUAAGGAGCUUCUCGUUCGUUUACCCGGGGAGAAGAAAGAAAACAGUCCAACGAAUUGUAUGCCAGAAGUUUCGCAACCAACGCCAUUUGCCGAUCAGGAUAUCCGCCUGACACAAGCACUACCGGAAGGAUGGGCCUUCGUGGGUCGGGAGGGCGAGAUGGCCUUUUUAGAGAAAGAGUUGGGCUUCAGCGCCCAGCCACUGCUCCAGCGGUGCGUUGCUGGUCUUUGGGGCCUCACUGGGGUCGGUAAGUCCCAGCUUGCCGCAAGGUUUGUGAGUCAACAGCGAUCCAAGCACCCUGAGCGCGAGAUAUUCUGGAUCAGCGGCGAAAGUCAGGAAGCGUUUGAGCAUAGCGUCAUUAGUAUGCUUAAAGUUGGCGUUCAUGGCUACGCCUCAGAUCAUGCGAACUUCAUCGAACUGUCCCAGGAACAGCGGACAGCACUCGUCAACUCCUUUUUCGCCGAGCUCAACCGGAUGGAUGACGCGAGAUGGCUACUGGUCAUUGAUGGACUAAACGCAAAUCCAUGGCGAAAUUCUAGCCAUACGGCAUCGGUGGAUAUACACAUCUUUGUAGGCAGACUUAAGCGAGGAUAUGUUCUUCUCACAUCACGCAGACGAGACCUUGUUGAGCGGUAUCACCCCAACCGUGAAGUGAAAGGGCUGAGCGAUGAAGAUGCCGUAGCCCUGCUGCGAACGCAGGUCGAUCCUCGUCUCAUUGGAAGAGGUGGGCUUUUCCUCCCCCAGUGCUAUGUGAGAGAAAAGGUAGGACUACUCAAGGGCCUACCACUGGCUUUGCGCCUUGCAGCGUCUAAUAUAUCCCGAUAUCGGUACACCGUCACAGACUGUCUUGAGGCGUGGACAUACCGUGGUACAGACAGCGGAUUUCUCGGGAUCGACGAAACCCUAUCUCGCUCUAUGGAGCUGAGCUUCAAGGAACUGGAGCUGGCAGAUCCCGUCGCGGCACGGAUAUUGACUCUUUUCAGCUUUUUGCAUCACCGCGACCUGUGGUACGAUCUCUGCCUCGGCGCAACCGAAGAUACAUAUCCAGCCUGGCUUCACGAGCUAGCAGCGCAAAACAGGCCUUUCCGAGACUUUUACCCUCUGCUAGCAGACCUGUCGUUCAUUGAGCUGAGAUUUGCGGCCAACGGCCACCAGCUCUGGGAAACCCACCCUGCAAUCCAAGUAGUCGCAAGGCAGAGAGCGAUUUGCAACGGUCAAGACCAUGUCUAUAUCCGAUGUGCAAUCUCGCUCGUAGCUUCUUACGCCCCGCGAUCCUACGAGGAGGACUUCUGGGACACCAUACGGCGACUAGAGCCACAUGCAGAUCUAUGCUGGAGCUAUAUAACCCAGGGGAAAUGGGGUCCUGACACUAACCUGACCGAACUGGAAAGUCUAGGCAGUUUAUUCCGGCACGUCGGUCAAUAUGGGCGCGCCGAAAUAAUCUAUCGCAUGGUCGAGAACGGCCUCACCAGCCUCAUUUUUCAGACUCCCUCGUUAGCCGCGAAAGAGUUCCUAGCUGAUGUCCAGACCAACCUAGGACUGGUGUAUACGUGUCAACGGAAAUUCGACCCAGCCCUGCGUGCGUUCGAGCAGUCAUUAGCGCUGAAGAGAGAAACCGGCGGCCUAGAACCUGACGAAGCCAUGUCCAUCAUGUACAACAAAGCGGUGGUAUUCAUGAUGACAGACAAACUGGAGGAGGCCGAGGCGCUGCUUUGCAAUGCAGCGGCGCACUUCGCCCAGUCCGAAACAGAGAGCCUUCUCAGAAAAGAGUACAAUCACCUCUGCGUUCGCAUCAUUAAGGAUAUGGGCGAAUUAAUCUUGAGAAGGGGACUGACUGAGGCUGCAAUGAGCCUCUUCCGCGACGUUUUCGACACCCAACGAAAUGUCCUGGGUGACACUCAUCCAACCCUGGUCUCACUGAAGCUGAAUAUGGGAAGAGCCAGUACCGAACUUGGUCAAUUUGAGGCCGCGCGCGCCCUGCUGGAGGAGGUUAUUGCAAUAUAUACAGAGUGGUGGGGACGUCGCCAUCCGGAGACCAUGCGAGCAAUUGAUGAGCUGGCUUGGACGUUGAUGGAAGAGGGCAGGUACAAAGAAGCGGUUAAAGGUUCUGCAUUGUCUGAGAUGCAGAAAGCAGGCGAGCUUUGGGAAGAGGUUUUGGGCUUCUAUAGAAGUAUUCAUGGGGAUGGGUCUGAUAUGGCGGGCCAGGUUAGUUUAAAUCUACUGUGCUUAGGAAAUGCAGGUUCUGCGGAUCAGGAGAUGAAUGGUGGAUAUAUACCAGUUUUGAAUUUGUAA